AUGCAUAAAAUAUAUUUGACCUUGUAAAAAAAUAAAAUUGAUGAUUUUUUUAUCAUUUUUGAUUCAAUCUAUGUUUAAAUCUAAAAUACUAAAUUCUAUAAUCAUCUGAAUAAAAUAUGUAUAAUAAGAAUCUAAAAUUUUUAUUAUUAAAAUUAAAAAUUAUGGAAGAAUCAGAAUAUCCACAAUUAUUAUUUGAAAAGCAUGAUCAAAAUAAAUUCAAUAAAUAUGAGGAAAUUCAAAAUCAUUAAGGUUUUAGACUUCCUGAUGAAUAGACUAACACUAUUUAUUUAUUGGAUUAAGAUGGAGGAUGGUUGUUACUAUGAUUCUUAAGGCUAACCAAGUGGUUGGAUUGCAUUGUCUAAAGAUGGAAAAAAAUAUAUGAAAUUUAAUAUGAAUUCUGAUUUGCUUAUAGAAUCGUCUAAUAUUUAUUAUUCUAAUCAUACAUUUGAUGCUGCACACUCAGAAUAAUAUUAACAACUAUAUCAGAGCAACAAUAAAAAAUAAUUAAAAGAAAAUUAAUAACCAGAAGUUUAAUGUAGAAAAUAAUAAGAUUAGGAAAAUAAAAAUCAGUAAUAGAAUUUAAAAGGAUAUAAAGAUAAGCAAAAAGUAACAGAAAACUAAAAUGAUAAAAUGGAUAAUGCUACAGAAAAUGUGAAGGAAUAAUAAUAAACUAAAAAUUAAUUAUAAGAAAAAGGUGAAAAAUUUGAGAAUGAAAUUCAAUAAUUUAGAAAUAGGGGCAAUAAAGAACAAAAAAAUAUAAAAAACAGCAAAAAUAACAAAAAUAACAAAAAUAUCAAAAAUAACAAAAAUAGCAAUAGGGAUAAUUAAAAUUCAAAGAAUAAUGAGACUUAAAAAUAUUAUUCAUUAGAUAUUUAAGAAAAUACUUUAAGCAAUGAAGAUUUUGUGAAAUAAUUAAUUGAAGUGUAUAAAAUUAAAAAAGAUUGCAUCAUAGAAUUCAAUGAGAAAAUCUUAAAAUUAGUUUCAGAAAAGGAUGCUGUUAAAUUAUAUAGAGCAAAUAAAAAAGAAUAAAACGAUAAAGUUUAGAAAUUUAUUGUCUCCAUUUGA